AUGCCCCCCGGGGGACCCCGUCCCGGGGAACCGUCCGCCAGCCCAACUGCCGAGGCUGCCAAGAUCGCCUGUCCGAAGCAAGCUUUACCGAAAGCACUUUCUAUGGGCGCCACCAGUCAGCCAAGAAAGUAUAGCCGGGUCUUGGCGAGUCUAUGUUCACAUUGCGGGGAAAUACAGCCGAACCAGGGGAAGCGGGUCCAGCCGCCAUACAAACUCCACUGUCUACCCCACGCCGAUGCGGAUCUGGAGAGGCUCUACCGUGGUUUGACCGGCCAAUCAUACUACGCAAUUGUGACCUCCGCAAGGCAAACCGCACAGGUUGAACUUCAUGCUAUGGUCUGA